AUGAAGCUUGUCUGGUCUAUGAUACUAGCCGCCGUCGCCGUCGCCACUGCAAAUGCCAUCCCUGGUCCAGCAGGAACACGAGGAAUGGCAAGAACUUUUUGUGACUAUAAACGUCGUGAUAAAGUAGGUCAGAGGAACUGCCCGGACGACAGAUGCGGUGAUACCACGAUGUGUUUGACGGCUUGCGGACGCGCAGGAUCGAACGAUAGCGUGAAAGACUUCGUCUUGGCUACCGAUUGGGAUGGAGCUCUGCAAGCUUCAUGUUCUUGCAGAUGCUACUUUGUGGGUUAG